GGUGAGGCUUCUGGGUGGUGGCAGGAAUCAAACAGCUUGGGGUGUCCCGAUCUCUCGUGUCUCUCUCCCAUCACCAGUAACACCAGGGAAAGAAAAUCUGGGCCUGGCACUCUGCGUCUACAGGGAAUUUCACAGUGAUGAAUCAGUGCAUUUAUAGAGGAAUGGAAGAAAACAAGGAAAGACCCAAGCGGCCGAGGCAGAACAACUUCUCAAUGUUUCCCUCUCCAAAAGCCUGGAAUUUCAGAGGGCGGAAGCGGAAGCAGAGUGCCCAGGAUGAAGAUGCCAUCAGCCUGUGCAGUCUUGACAUAAGCGAACCUAGUAAUAAAAGGGUCAAACCCCUUUCAAGAGUCACAUCACUAGCAAACCUCAUCCCACCUGUGAAGACCACACCGUUAAAGCGCUUCAGUCAAACCUUGCAGCGGUCCAUUAGCUUCCGCAGUGAGAGCCGGCCAGACAUCCUCGCCCCCCGUGCCUGGUCCAGAAAUGCCACCUCCUCAAGCACAAAGCGGAGGGACAGCAAACUGUGGAGUGAGACCUUCGAUGUUUGUGUCAAUCAAGUGCUUACGGCCAAGGAGAUCAAGCGGCAGGAGGCGAUCUUUGAGCUUUCUCAAGGUGAAGAAGAUUUGAUAGAGGACUUGAAAUUAGCAAAAAAGGCCUACCAUGACCCCAUGCUGAAACUCUCCAUAAUGACAGAACAAGAACUGAAUCAAAUUUUUGGAACACUGGACUCUCUAAUCCCCCUCCAUGAAGAACUCCUUACUCAGCUUCGAGACGUUCGGAAGCCUGACGGCUCGACAGAGCAUGUUGGUCCCAUCCUCGUGGGCUGGCUGCCAUGUCUCAGCUCCUAUGACAGCUACUGCAGCAAUCAGGUUGCUGCCAAAGCCCUCCUGGACCACAAAAAGCAAGACCACAGAGUCCAGGAUUUCCUUCAGCGCUGCUUAGAAUCCCCCUUCAGCCGGAAACUAGAUCUCUGGAAUUUCCUUGAUAUUCCCAGGAGCCGCCUAGUGAAGUACCCUCUGCUCCUUCGAGAAAUCCUGAGACACACGCCAAAUGACAAUCCAGACCAACAGCACUUGGAAGAAGCUAUAAACAUCAUUCAGGGCAUUGUGGCAGAAAUCAACACCAAGACUGGGGAAUCAGAAUGCCGUUAUUAUAAAGAGCGGCUCCUUUACUUGGAAGAAGGCCAGAAAGAUUCCCUGAUUGACAGCUCAAGGGUCCUGUGCUGUCAUGGCGAACUGAAAAAUAACCGGGGUGUGAAACUACAUGUUUUCCUGUUCCAAGAGGUGCUGGUGAUCACUCGCGCUGUCACCCACAAUGAGCAGCUCUGGUACCAGUUGUACCGGCAGCCCAUCCCUGUGAAGGACCUCAUGCUGGAAGACCUGCAGGACGGAGAAGUGCGGCUGGGCGGCUCCCUGCGUGGAGCCUUCAGCAACAACGAGAGAAUUAAGAACUUCUUCCGAGUCAGUUUCAAACAUGGAUCCCAAAGUCAGACCCACUCACUACAAGCCAAUGACACCUUCAACAAACAGCAGUGGCUCAACUGCAUCCGCCAAGCCAAAGAGGCAGUUCUGUCUGCGGCCGGGCAGGCCGGGCUGCUUGACUCUGAGGGACGGUUCCUGGGGCCUGGCUCCGAGAUCGGGGAGCCACAGGGAGAGACAAAACUUGAGCAGAUGGACCAGUCGGACAGUGAGUCGGACUGCAGUAUGGACACGAGCGAGGUCAGCCUUGAGUGUGAGCGGAUGGAGCAGACAGCCGUCUCCUGUGUGAACAGCGGGGCAGAGGAAAGCGUCUGACGGAGGGAGGGCUGUGCCCAGGUCUUACCUGUACAGUAUUCGCAUUCCACACAUGAACAGUUCGGAGAGGCACCGUGUACUACUUCUGUGUCCAUGCACAUGUGUCCCUUGUGUCUGCACUUGUCCCUAGUACUGUAACUGCCACCCACUCUGUGUCAGCUGGAAUCGGCGGCCGCCCUUCCCACGCUGCUCCAUCUCAUGCGUCUGGAUGAGUGGAGAGGGAUUGGACGAGUUACUCUGAGUUGUCCUAUUGGGUUUUUCCAAAACAGAAAGGACCUCUAAACUACUGUUUGCACGGACCGCAGUGACAGGUCGUCUGUGCUGUGCUUCUCUAGGGUUCCUGUAGCUCUUCCACACAGUAGCUGAAGACCCAGACUAGAGAGAGCUUUGCCGGGCAGUGAAGCCAGCAAAGUCCAACCCUUGUAGUGAACUCGGGUUCUGUGUUGUUCAGCCAGAAAACAUGAAAACAUCUCUGGGGGUUUCUGAGGUUUGGCUUUGCAAAGGAGGAAGCUUUGUUUGAACCUUGUGGUUCCACCCAGUGCGAGUUGAAUGUAAUAAUCUAUGAAGACGUGAAACAGAAAGAGGCAAGGGGGAAGCAGCUGUUGGACAGGCCUGGUGGUCCAGGCCUACGACCCCAGCACUUGAGAGCAGAGGCAGGAAGAUCUGGAGUUCAAGCCCAGCCUUGGCUAUACACCAAGUUCUAGGUCAAACUGACUUCCGUAGUGAAAACAAAACCAAAAAGCUAAAAGAACCUGCCAGUUCUGAAUCUUCAACUGAAAUGGGGGUGGCUGUGGGAGCUGUUUGUCACGGCUAGUGACUUGCCCCGAAGAGCCAUUUCCAGCCUCCAACGCCAGGAGAGAGUCCCAGGGCCAGGGAAGAUCUGCCGGGAUCUGGAGGCCCUGUCUGCUUUAUGUUCCAUCUGCCCCGCCACGCCCGUUUCAGAGCGGUCACGGUAUGACAUGGAGAUGGUGACUGAUUAAAAACUUGAGAGAAGGACUUGGGAGUGAGAAAUGUGUCCCCCUCCCCGAAGCCUCCUGCGGGAGCCACUGAAGCUGUCCUUAGUCCAGAGGGGCUUGGGGUUUCCUGCUCUGCUUCUGGGCCCUGAGGUUGCCUCUCUGGUUCUUGAGCUGCAAUCAGAAUGGUGAUGAAUUCCUCCUGAGACCAAUUUCAUUAGCUCUGAUUAACUAGGAUCAGUUAGCUAGCCAAACUGGAAAGUGCUGUGUUCCAGCCUUGAUUUACAGAGCAAGGAUGGUAAAGAGACCUUGGGGGGUGGGGGAGUUCACAAAAUACAUGAGACAGCUCCCUGCAAGUGUAAAUACUUGGGGGACUUGUACAAAAUUAUACCCACACCAGCACUAGUAGCAGUGAUUCUAAAUUAUUGCCAAAAAGUUUCUUUUUGUUAAUUUCUACAUCUAUCAAGUUUACAGAAAAGCAGCAAUAUACAAAAUUAACCCUUUAUCAUAUACAUGUGCCAUGUGCAUGGAAAGAAGCUGUGUGACGAGAGUUACCAAAAGAAAAACAAGGUAGAUUACUUUACUAUUUUUCAAAACAAAUGUUAUGAUCAGUUCUACUCUGUAAAGCAUAUUUCUGUAUUUAUAGAUUUUUAACCGUGGUGAAUUUUUUUUUAUUGCAAGUUUAUUUAAAACCACUUUGUUUCUCCAGUUGCUGAUUUUAGCAAAUGAACCUGCUGCAGACAAAGAGAAAGCUGAGACAGGGACCCUGGAUGGUGGAGGAAAAACCUGAGGUGUUCUCUAUAGAGCCGCUGGCCACUCGGGCCAGUAAGUUGAGAAAAGGUCUCCAUCAGGGUCAGCUUAUGAGAAGAGAGUGGAAAUGUUUUGGCAAAAGUGAAUACUUUUUGUAUAAUGGCCUUAAACUUUCUGGAAGCAUUUCAAAUAAAUUGCAUUAAAAAGA